AUAAAGUUCCUCAUCAUGAAAUGCAAUGUGGCUGUCAAUGAUGUUCUUCUACUUGCCUGCCAGUAUGGGAAUACCGAAAUCGUGGAAUAUCUUCUGAAUGACGUUGUUGGCUGUGAUCCCAAUAUCAAAGAUGACGAUGGACACACACCACUCUUUCUUGCCGAGAACAAGGAAAUCAUUCUACUCUUGUUGCAACAUGGAGCUACUGCCGAAGAUGUCUAUACCAAUCAUCGCAAAGCUCUUGGUAACGUGUUUUCAAAGGAUCCCCUGAAAAACCCAGUGAAGAUGCUUGUUAUCGGCCACGGUGGAGAAGGAAAGAGCACUCUCAUUGAAGCAAUGGAACACGAGCCAACUGCAUUCACAUCUCUAGUCAACAUCUUCGUCUCUCCUAAAGAAGUCGAUGGAGUUAGCAAGAAAACAGCCGGAAUCAUCCCUCGAUUAUUCAAGAGCCGUGUCUUUGGAGAUGUGUUGGUCUAUGACUUUGCUGGUCAAGAGGUCUACUACAGCAGUCACGCUGCCAUUAUCAAGAAUACAGUCGAUACGUGUCCACCCGUUUUUGUCAUGGUAAUCAGUCUCCAGAAUAACGACACCAUCACAGCAACCUCUGUCUCCUAUUGGUUGGGAAUUGUUGCCAACCAGUGUGGCAAUAUGGAGGGCAAAGCACCACUCAUUGCGAUAGGUAGUCAUGCUGAUCUCGUGACAAGCACACAAGCGGAGCAAAAGAAGAAAAUUAUAGUACGAGCCGUUCAAAAGUUUCCAAUGUUUGAUCUUGCUGGUUUUGUUUCAAUGGAUUGUCGUUUUUCAAGUUCUGAUGGCAUGACGAUUUUUAGGGAUAUUGUUGGAACUAGCUGUGCUUCCAUUCGAGAGCGGUUGUCUGUGAGCCUCAAUGCUCAUAUGUUUCUUGUCCACCUUCUUGACAAGUACUCGGGUGAGAUUGCUGUAACCCUGGAAGAAGUUCAAGGGAAAAUAAAGGAUCGAGUUUCUAGAAAAGAUGAAAAAGUUCUUUCUUUCGUGCCCACCAGCAUUCCACGACUUGUUGAGAUCUGUGUUCAACUCAGUGACAAAGGUCAUAUUCUUUUCCUUUGCAAUGCUUCCUUUCCAGAAAGGAGCUUCAUCGUUAUUGACAAAUCGAAACUCUUGGCUGAAGUAAAUGGCACCAUCUUUGCUCCCGAAGAUUUCACACAGCAUUGUGAGCUUUCCACAAGUACUGGGGUUGUUCUAAAAUCAGAUCUUUCUAAACACUUCCCCAAUUUCAACAUCGACAUGCUCAUUGGAUACUUAUUUCAUCUCGAGCUAGCCGUUCCAAUUGAAGACAAAAUAGUGCUCAGUCUUAUCGACCAGCAUCUUCCUGCAACGUCUGUGUCCGUCUCUGGAGGCUUCAUCUUCUGUCCAGCACUAAUCCGAUUGGUAGCUUCCAGCGAACCAAUGGCCAACACUAUUAAUUUCCAGUACAAUUUCAACUGGUCCCUGGCCUGUGCACACAAUGACCAUUUUUUCAACCCUCGAUUUCUUCACGUUCUUCUCCUUCGACUGUCUCUAUCGCUUGGUCUUGCUCCAGUGGUGGACACUGACAAUCCUGCCUUGCAAGGUCAAUGCUCAGUCUGGAAGACUGGUGUGUGUUGGGUCACUGAGGAUGGAAUCAGAGUCCGUGUUGAGGUGAUGGAGAUGAAGAGUGUCACUAUUCAACUACAAGCACCUAAGGUCUCGUUAGAUGUACUCGAUGUACGAUCCACUGUUAUCAACAAAGUGGUUGAAGCUGCUCGUGAGUUUUGCCCCAACAUAGACACGGACGAACGGUUGUUACCUUCCACUGACAUCGCUGGUGCUCCAUUGUUUAGUAUGAAAUCUGUUGCUAAAAGUAUUUCUUGUCAGAAGGAAUUCGUUAAAUCCACAACCAGCACACAAGUUGUACCAGUGAGUGAGCUGCUCCAAUCUGAAGUGUACGCUGAUCUCGGUGAGAAUAUUCUACAAGCUCUAUGCAACGAAGGUGACCCAGCACACGAUGAGAAACUCUCUGAUGGACUGCUCUCAGCUCUUUCAUCUUGUUGGAGCAAGAAUCGUGAACUAUCAGACAUUGUUUGUUCAGUUGUUUCUAGGGCUGCUAAGAGCACACAUGGAAUCAGUGGCAGUCUAGAGCAUGUUCUGACGGUGUGGAGGAGGGACAGUGGUGACGGCACUUGCAAAGCAUUGAGACUGAUUCUGGAUCCACUCAGUGUCUUCUCUGGGAAGAACCCUCUCGUUUUGGCUGGUGUUGCUCCUACGUUAUUUUGUGAAAACAUGUUGCCGCAGCAACCUAAUGAGUCUGAACCCUCACCCAGUCCAAGCACAAUAGACGGAGCCACGUUGACAACUAUUGAGGAGAGGACAGAAGUCAGACAAUUACCCUCAAGCCGUGGACCACCCGCUAAUCGAGUCACACUCCAAGGUCUAGUGAGCAGAUACAGUCUGACUGACGAGCAGCUCAAUAGUGAAAUAGGGGACUCUGAUAAUUCCUACCUGGCCGAAUAUUUCGACGGGUCAAAAAUCUAUGCGAAUGCAAUGGGACUAACUCCUGCAGAACAGGCCGAUGUGAAUGAGUUGUACCAUAAGAAUGGAACUCAAGUAGCCAUGACUGAAUGCUUGAUUCUCUGGAAAAGACACGAUCCUUUCUCAGCAACUUACAAAGCUCUACUGGAGUUGAUACUGGGACUGAGGAAAGACAAGAUAGCUGAUGAUAUCUGUCAGCACUUGACUCAAGAGGUGUCACUGUCUGGUGAUAUUGGUCCAGGAAGAGUUUAUAGUAACUCUCUGUAGAUAAUAAUUUUAUUUUACGUACGUAGCUUCAUAAAUAUAGCGAAAACAAUAAGUAUUGGUUCCUAGCUUGUGUCUCUAAUUUAAUACGUUUCAAGUUUACACUUUCUAUGCUCUCAGUAUAAUUAUAUACUAUUCAUUGUUUUGUAGUUCAUUUGUAUUAUUGACAUUAGUGAUAGCAAGAAA